CUGCGCGUCCUCACAAACUUGUCUGGCCGCUGUGAUUGCCCGCAUUCAGCCUGAUAAACAGCUGCUUACCAUUUAGAGGCAACUUCACGAAAGUUUUCUUCAAACUCCCGCGGAUCUGGAUUUUUGUUUGUUUCCCCCUCUCUCUCUCUCCCUCUCUCUCCUUUUCUCUCUCUCCCUCUCUCUGUGGAUGUUCAGAUAUAGAAAGUCUGCGCCGCUGGAAAGCUCAAGUCCGGAUUCUAGGUUUUUGCGUAAUGCUGAGGCGUCCUCUGUUCAACAUCUGGAUUAACUAUUUGGAGUCGGAGCAAGCGGCCCUACACAAAACUCUGACUGUCUAGCCCUAUCUUUAUGGAAAGACUGAACCUUUUCUCUGGAAUUUAACUAACUUUUUUUUUGAUAAAACCGAGUUUUGCGCAUAGAUUAUGUAUUCUUUAAAAUGGGUGCGAACAAUGGAAAACAGUAUGGAAGCGAGGGUAAAGGGAGCUCAAGCAUCUCUUCUGACAUAAGUUCGAGCACAGAUCACACACCAACUAAAGCUCCAAAGAAUGUGGCUACCACCGAAGGUUUAGACUCCAGCACACGGACUCUGAGCACCCCCAGCCCCGGUCUUAUCCUGCCAUCCAAGUCCUCCUCUCUCUCCUCACCUGCCCUCUCCAGUAACGGCCAUGAGACCAACUCCUCUUCCUCCUCUUCUGCCCCCGCAGAGACCGUUGCCGUGGUCCACUCUCAGCCUGGCACUCACACGCGCUCCCGCCAGUCCAAAGGCCACCACCACGCCCCCAUCGACCUCCUCCCCGACCACAGCCUCCUACAGAUCUUUUCCCAUCUACCCACCAAUCAGCUGUGCCGCUGCGCACGCGUAUGUCGGCGUUGGUACAAUCUGGCGUGGGACCCGAGGCUGUGGGGCACCGUCCGGCUAACGGGAGAGCUGCUUCAUGCCGACCGUGCCAUCCGGGUCCUGACCCACCGGCUGUGCCAGGACACCCCGAAUGUGUGUCUGACCCUGGAGACGGUGAUUGUGAAUGGCUGCAAAAGGCUCACAGACCGGGGGCUGCAUGUCGUGGCUCAGUGCUGCCCGGAGCUACGUCGCCUGGAGGUCGCCGGCUGUUAUAACAUCUCUAACGAUGCGGUGUUUGAGGUGGUGUCCCGCUGCCCCAACCUGGAGCACCUGAACCUCUCAGGCUGCUCCAAGGUGACAUGCAUCAGCCUCACCCAGGAGGCCUCACUCCAGCUGUCCCCUCUGCACGGCCAGCAGAUCUCCAUUCACUUCCUGGACAUGACCGAUUGUUUUUCCCUCGAGGACGAGGGCUUGCGAACUAUCGCCUCCCACUGCCCCCGCCUGACACACCUGUAUUUGCGCCGCUGCACCCGACUGACAGAUGAAGCCUUGCGCCACCUGGCUCUCCACUGCCCUUCAAUAAGGGAGCUUAGUCUCAGUGACUGCCGCCUGGUGGGGGAUUUCGGCCUGCGUGAAGUCGCCCGCCUGGAGGGCUGCCUGCGCUACCUGAGCGUGGCCCACUGCACCCGCAUAACUGAUGUUGGCAUGCGCUACGUGGCUCGAUACUGCCCGAGACUGCGCUACUUGAACGCAAGGGGUUGCGAGGGUCUGACAGACCACGGCCUGAGUCACUUGGCCAGGAGCUGCCCUAAACUCAAGUCUUUGGAUGUGGGGAAGUGCCCACUUGUGUCGGACAGUGGCCUGGAGCAGCUUGCUAUGUACUGCCAAGGCCUGAGGCGAGUGAGCCUCAGAGCUUGCGAGAGCGUGACGGGCAGAGGACUCAAAGCUCUGGCAGCCAACUGCUGCGAGCUGCAGCUCCUCAACGUGCAGGACUGCGAGGUGUCGCCAGAGGCUCUGCGGUUUGUUAGACGCCACUGCCGGCGCUGUGUCAUCGAGCACACAAACCCUGCUUUCUACUGAGACGUGUGGGGGGGAAGGGAGUUCUUGGACUGGUCUUCUGACAAGUGGAUGUUCUAAUAUUCCUGCUAUGGAGUUGGCAGAGUUUCAGCAGCUGAUGUGUCAGAACUGGUUGAAAACUGGUGUGCAAUACUGGCCAGAAUUUGUCAUUUUAGAUCCGCUUAGUGGCUGUUAAUGCUGUCUGUCUGAAGGGGAAAAAAAUAAAUAAAAAUACUUCCGUAGAAUGUAUUUAACAUAUUUAUCUGUUAAAAAAAAAAAAAAAAAAAAAAAAAAAAAAAAAAGGCAGAGAAGUGCAGUAUUUCAGUAUAUUAACAACAUCACAAUGUAACAAGAGCACUGGGUACAGUUGUGUUACCAUUUAAAAGCAUUGUAAUAUAUUUUAUUUUCAUCACUUUACGGCCCUGAAACAUAACCAUUAUCAUACAUUACUACAUCUAUUUAUAAACAGCAAGUAUCUUCAGACUAAACCACUAAGAAUGUAGCUACGAAGCAGCGACUAAAGCACAUCUGGUGAUUUAAAGUACUCUCGGUUUCACUUUUCUUUGUGUUGUGUGUGUGCACUUUAUGCACUUGCUGACAAUCACUUCAACUGAGCUCAAAGUGUCAUCGUUCCGUCAACCUACAUUUGCUGUAAAUUAAAAGUCAUUUAUUAGCCAGAGUUUUUUUUUUUUUUUUUUUUUACUGCCAAGUAGAAACAAACUCUUUUAUGGGAUCGUUGUCGAAAAUAAACAAGAACACAUUGCUGCUAUAACUGUGCCAAUAAAUUUCUUCGAAAUACGCCUCCAACAACUGCGAGUGUUUUACUCAAACUCUCAUUACAGUCUUAAAGGAUUUAAGCCUGCACAUGUUUGUGAGUCAUUACGGUAACUAAGGGAUAUCUAGGGAAUACCAUAUAAGGAUUUGUAAAAUCUUACUACUAGGUCCGACUUUAAGGCCAUUGGCCUGAUUAAACCUGCUUGUAUGUCCGUCUCAAAGGUAUCAUCCACAUACAAAUACUUUGAAGCACUUUGUAAGAUUAGUGCUGCAGUUUUGCUACUGGUGAAUGUGACUUGUGUCCGUCUUUACGAGUAUCAGAAUCAUGCAGCAUCUGUCAGCCAUGGGAAACCUCCUCCUCCACCUGUUCUUGAUUGUUGCUCUCCUGCAGCGUUCCUUGGCUCGAGUAUAUGACGUAAUCACAACACAGAGCAAAACAAGAAUAUCUCCAAAAGAACUCCUAAUGAACGAAUUUAGAUCAUUAAAAUUAGUUUUUGUCAGAAGCGAAUGUGCAGCUGCGAAAACAUUCUGUGCUUCUGUAUAUUAGAGAGAUCUGGACCUGUGUGAGGACAUUAUAGAGCGGUGAAAGGUGCAGAGCAGCAGGUGGAAGAGUAUUUAGGCAUCCCGUUUGCUCGUCCACUUUUGGCACACACCUAAAAAGCUGAACCCUGGGAAGGGAUAAGGGAGGCCACCAAGAUGCCUAAAAUGUAAGUACACCCUGGUUGCUGUAGCAGGUUGUUGCAGAUUUUAUUCGGAUGCAUCACUGGGUUACAUUUAACUUAAGUUCCAGCUUAUAGGUUAUUGGUUUCAUGUUUGAGUCUGAAGCUGGUUUAAAAUUCAUCUGGAAGUGUUGUCAGAGGGCCAUUGCUUCAAAACAGGUAGUUGAAUCAUGACUGAGACGUUUUGGCACUACAUACAAAUACAAAGUGUCAUGGACUUACUAGAUAGGCCUGUUAAUUGCCACCAAUUACACUCACUCAGCACACCUGUUUUCCACACCUGUCCCUUGUUAUCCUCUGC